AUGGAAAUGAACGUAUUGAACUUGAAGUACUUGCUCAUUGUUUCGCUUUUAUGUGUCUUAUUUUACAAUUGGAUUGUCAACUUGCUUAUCAUAUGCUUUGUACUAAUUUUAGCUGUAACUGGGUAUGUUUUUAACUAUCUGAUAACAGUUUAUAAAGCAGUUUUACUCUACUUAUAAGCCUUUUAUAGUUUAUGGGGUGAAAUAUUAGAAUUUUUGGUUAGUUUUUUUUUUAAAUUUGAUAACAUUGUUUAUUAGUUAAAAUUGUUUUCAGGUUUAUAUUGUCUGUAUUUUACAUUGGAAAGUACACCGAUAAGGAUGUAUCAUUAAAUAUAGUAGAGGAUUCACAAUUUAGAAGUUAUUUAGAGGACUUUGUAGAGCAGAAAAGAACUUAUCUUAGUGAUCGAAUAGAUUAUUUUGUAGUUACAGGAUCGCCUCAACUUGACGAUCUAAUUCAUCAGGUGAGUAGUUUUUCGAAUUACUGUUUGAUUUUUAGGAUGACACAUUUUAUUACUUCAACUGUGGAUUAUUUGAUUAUAAAAAUGUUACUUUUAGAUACUGGAUAAUCUAAUCAAGUCUUAUAUUGACCCAUGGUAUACCCAGUUGUCUAAAAACCGUAGUUUUCCUAACAGUUUGAAGAGAUGUGCUUGUAGGGCGUUAGCAGUUUUAAGCGAACGGUACGUGAAGCUUUUUGUAUACUUUUGUUUUUGAUUGACGAAACUAAGUUUAUGUAGCUUAUUACCAGUAACUUUUUGUAAUAAAAUUUUAUUACUUAAUUAUAUUUUUAGGUUAAAACGAGUGGAUUGGACAGUUUUAUUGACCAGACAAUUGGUUGACGAUGUAGCAUCACACUUCAGAUUAUUUAGAUUAGCUCGGGAAAGGAGGAUGGAGCAAGAACAGAAAGUGAAAGAUGGGUUACAGAGUAAAGCUGAAGAUAUAGAAUCAAUCUUCUUUGAUUUGGAAUUAGAAAUGGAAGUAAUGUAUUGUCGCGAUCUUAUAUCAACGUCUUUGGCAUACGAAAGUGCUUGUUUACAUGAUUUAACAGACAUUUUGUUGUUCUUGUUAAUGCCAUCAGAAGACUUUCGAUCGAGGCCUUUAAGGUUUUUAAUUAGAGAAAUCCUGAUUGGCAGAGUUAUUGUGCCACUACUGAAUAAGAUCUGUGAUCCCACGUUCAUCAACUCGUGUAUAAUGGUUAUGGUAAGUUAUUUAAUUGAUAUAGAUGUAUUUUUAGUUAAGUGACGUGAAUCUAACAGCUGAUGACUUUUUGAUGGUAGUCCAAAGGUGUCGGUCGAUUCAAGAUCUGGAGGUGAUCUUAGAAGCCGCUUUCGAUGAGAAGUCAGCUCUUUGUUCUCGAGAUAACUCGACUCAAGUAGAAGACAUCAAGAAGGAGAUACAAGCUCUAACAUCUUUAAUAGAUCUGAUCAAACGUCGGAUGAAAAGACUACAAGAAACUGUUGUGAAAGCUGAAGAACCAGUGGAAAUACUCAACGAGCUGAUCGACAGUGACAGAGUUAUACUGCCGAUUACUGUAGUUUUGACGAAUGUUACCGCAGUUACCUUCUUCUCAGAUUAUCUGGCAUCAGUUGGUUAUCAGCAUUAUCUUGAUUGUUACUUGGCUAUUGAAGGAUUCAAGUCCAGUGUAGCACAUCAAUUGAGAGCUAUGGCCGGAGGGGUUUCUCGAGAUCCAGAUUUUCAGGAAACUAUGAAGGAAGCUUCUUUGUUCUUGUACAGUCAAUAUCUGGCUGACAACGUAAGGUUUUUAAUUUUAAAGGUUUAUUAUAGAGUUGCCGGAUGUUUUUAAAGUUUUAAAAUAUUUUUACAGGCACCAAGAAAGGUACCAUUAGACGACGUCCUGGUUAACACGUUUUUAGUACGGAUGAGGAACGAUGAGCCGUCUGACAGUUGGUUUGAUCAUAUACAAACGGAGGUAGAGUUAUUUUUAAGAAAUUUAUGAGAAAACAUAAAGAAUUCAUGUUUAUAAUUAUUUAGACAUAUUUUUUAAGAUUGCAAUUUAUUAAAACAAUUUUUUAGAUAAUAAACAUGUUGCUGUCAGAAAAGUUGUUCUACAUAGCAUUUACUCAAUCAGAGUUCUACGAUAACAUGUUGAGAGAGCUCGAAAUCUCGAAUAAUAUUGAACAGCAUGAAGACCACGAGAAUAUGUACAUAUUGCCAAAAGGAUAUCGUUUAGUAGCCGAAGUGGAAAUGCUAGGUGUUGGGCGACAGAACAAGGUGUCUGGAGUUCAGUUUUAUGCUGUAUAUAAUGUUAGAGUAACGAGGGCGAGUGACAAUGGGGAGGUGAUAUCAUCGUGGAAUGUGAUCAGAAGAUAUUCAGACUUUUACAACUUUAACAGUUUCAUUCAGAAUAAGGUCAGUUGGUUUACUUUAAUUGAUAUAAUUAUUAUUAUUGUCUUUUUUUUAAUUAAUUUUUAAUUUUAAGACUUAAUUUAACAAUUGUGUUCUAGUACCCCAGCUUGAGGAAGAUUGAUUUUCCUGGAAAGAAGACCUUCAACAACCUGAAACAAAAGUUCUUGGAGAAGAGAUGCAAAGAUCUGAACGGUUAUAUGCAAAAGAUAACUAGCCCUGUUAUCUUAAGUGAGACCACAGGCCUUCUGGAGGAUUUGUUGGACUUUUUGAAUCAGAAGACCUACAUGGGAAUGAGUCCGAAACUACCCAAAAAGAUUGUUACAGCCAUGGUAACUCCGAUCAUGGACAAAGUCAGAGCCAUUAAGACAGUGGUGACGAAUGUACCUGAUCAGAUGUCUAAAAUGGGAAAUGAGAUCAAUAGGGCCGCUUCUAGUAUUAUGAGGGUAGGUUAGGAAAGGCUAUAAUAAUGAUGUAUUUUUACGUCCUUUUUUAUGCUUAUUAUAUUAUAAUUUUGUAGAGCAACUCAAAUGUACGGUAUUCUGAAAUGGAUUUAAGAAGAGUGGCAGCGACUUUGGAUUUGGAGGUAAUUUUUUAAAAAUAACUGUUUUCUUUGUUUAUCUAUCAAAACAACUAUUUUUUAUGAAAAUGUUACUUUGUUAUAGUACAGUACUAAAUUGAUUUAGGGUGACGACGAAAGUAUACCGCUGAGAGUGUUACUGUUACUUGUGAAUGAGUUAUUUGGACUUGAUGGUCGAAACCAAUGGUUCAAAAGCCGUGUCAUAGCAGCAGUACGACACUUUUUACACGCUGCCUUUGGAACAUCUUUAAAUCGGUCAAUUAUCUCAUUUGUGGAACAAAAGACGUCAGAACAGAAUGUAGCCAAGUACUUGACAAUGUUGAGGUAGGUUUUAAACGUUUUUUUAUAUCAAAAAGUCAAGAGUAACAAAACUUUAAAACAAGUUAAUUGAAAAGUUUUUGAACCCAAAUUUGUAGAAAUAAUCUCCAAACCCACAAACGCAAAGACCAACACAAAGUCGACAGUACCAAAACCCGUAUUUUGUCCCAAACUUUAAUGUUCGCUGCUCUACCUCCAGAGCUGAAGUUCGUAUUCGGUUCUUCCUCUUCCUUGAAUGCCGUUUCUAAUUUGAGUACGAUGAUAAGGCAACGAUCGUUGAAUCGACGGUUAUGUUAUGUUCUCCUUGAACGUCUGUUGUUAACCUUGUUCCCCGAGGGUAAUUUCCCAAAAGUUUUAGCAAAAUUGCAUUCCAAAAGUCCUAGAUUUGUAGAUGCGUAA